GGCAGGUCUGGAAGUGCAAAGAGGAGGCAGGAAAAAAAAAAAAAAAAAGCCGCUGGAGCGGGGAAUGAUGGCGGUGAGCGAGAAGACGGGACAACUUUGAUACCGUAAAACUGAAACGCUGUACGAGCUUUAGGCGUCUAACACGAUGAAGCAACAAAGAGGAGACAUUGCUGCUUCUGUUUAGUUGAAACAACCGUGCUCCAGAAAAUCUCCGCCGGACCCAUGGCACUGGUUGCGUAAAGUCACUGUCAAACUCUGUAACUCACUCCAGAGCCGGAUUUUAAGAGUUGUGCUGCAGCCGUAAACAAACAAAAUGAUCAAAGCAGAGAGCAAAGCAGGCGAGAGGAGCCUGAGGAGCGCGUCCCCUCACAGAAAUGCAUACAAGUCUGACUUCCACGCCAUUAAGUGCUCCUUUGAUGGGCCGAAGUCCGAGAGCGCCUCCAAGACGUUUGCAAAUGGAUCCAAUGACAACCGGGAGGACUCAAGGGGGAGGCCUUUUGGGACUAGAGUGAACAAGAUAAAGAACAUAUUCCUACAGAUGGAUGGUCAGCAACAGGAGGGCCAAGAAGGGAAAGUGAAUUUAAAGCCUGAUGUGUCUCAGGUGUCCCCGACAAAGGUGCAGUUUCCAGUCAACACUCAGAGACUUAACUUCAAUAGUCCAGCAAGCCCAGAAUUGCAGGUUUUAGACAAAACACCCAAGGGAGAAGAUGUUGAGAUUGACAAAGUGGCUUUGGCAGAGAAGUUUUCUGUGACCAGAAAACUCUUUGAAAGGGGCAUCAAAGAGCACCCUGCAGCUGAGAAGCAAUCUCCAAACAGAGUGGUAACUCGUUUGUCACUUGGAAGUGCCUCUGAUGAGGGGAAAAGCACGAGAAGAGCAUCAGGAUGCUCAGAGACCACUAACAAAUCGGAGCAAACUUCUUCAUCUGCAGUUAAAAAUCAGCCAGAUGAGAAGGCUGAUAUUGAGAAACUGCCUCGAGUGUCAUUGAAUGCGGGGCCCUUGUCAAAGAGGUUGGAGAAUUAUAUAGUUGAGAAUGACUCAGAAGACAACAGCACAGUGUCUACUAAACAACACAGUACCACUACACACAUACUGCCUACCUCUCCAACAAGGGACAGCUUACAUAAACCUACAUCUCCUGUUAAAGACGCAGCAGACUCUUGCUCUGAUGCCACAAACAAAAAGAGAGACAGCAAACCAGCACCUUUAGGGCCAAGUACUGGGCCAAAACCAACAUUUCCAGCUACCAACACAGCAUCCAAAACAAUUUCUUUGACAACUGAUGCCACCCACGCACUUAUCUCACCAGAGCAACCAGCCCCAAUUAGCCAUGGCCACAAGUGCUUGACAUCACCUAGUGAUGGAUUUAGUAGGACAUCUGUGGAUUGGGAUAGAAGCAAGCCACAUAGUCCACCCCCAAGGGACACGAAGCAGCCUCUUCCGUCAGCUGGUGGCUUACAGAACGCCAGCAGGGCCAAAUACCCUGAAAAAGGCCAGAGUAAUGACAGUGUAGUACACAGUCCUAUCAGGGACAAGCCUCCCAGUCAGAAUUCCUCUCCAGAAUCCAAAGGGGUGGGCAUGGUACGUGCUGAACUGGUAGUAGUUCAGCAUGAGUCCUCGGAGAGCGAGGAGAACGAAGAUGAGAAAGUUGAAGAUGUGUUUGAGGCUCAGAAGGUGCAACGACCCAAAGAUGUGCAGUCAGACCUGAAAAGAACCCUUCCUCCCGAAAAACUGAACUGUACCCCUGCCCAUCAGGUCUUAUUAAGAGAUGACACAAAAGAGGCACAAUGGGCUGCAGAGUCUGUGGGUGAAGGUACAGUCCUGGAGGAUAAUGAGGAAAUUGGGCUAAAAGAAGGGAGAAGGGAAGACAAUGUACCUGUGAGCCGAGAUGGCGAAGGCACACGUGAUGUUGAUGAUGAAACAGCAGCAGAAGAAGAGGGUGAGCUGGAGGAGCAGGUGGGCCAGGGCAUACAUGAUAGAGCUUCUCCAGUAGUAUACGGUAUUGAGAAUGCAGCAUUUGUGGAUGACAGGGAAGUAGACCAGGCCCUCAGGGAAGAGGACGAGGAAGAUGAGGACGAUCCGAUGUAUAGGGAAUAUGAUGACUGUUAUGAGGUUCCUGGUUUGUCAGAUGAGGAUGAGCCUCCCUUAAAAAGGAAAAUCAAGUUCUCCACAGAUCCCAUUCUGGUUUUCAGUACCUUCUCUAAUGAGGAAUAUGAUCGGCGUAAUGACGACGUUGACCCAGUUGCAGCAUCUGCAGAGUAUGAGCUGGAGAAGAGGGUGGAGAAGAUGGAUGUGUUUCCUGUGGAGAUUGAGAAAGGAGACAAUGGGCUUGGUAUCAGCAUAAUAGGAAUGGGAGUGGGAGCUGACCAGGGUCUGGAAAAGCUUGGGAUUUUUGUGAAAACCAUAACUGAGAAUGGAGCGGCUGAGAAAGAUGGACGCAUACAGGUCAAUGACCAGAUAGUGGAGGUGGAUGGUGUCAGUCUGGUGGGAGUCACGCAACUGUUUGCUGCCACAGUCCUAAAGAACACCAAAGGCACAGUGAGGUUCCUGAUUGGUCGGGAGAAGCCGGGAACACAAAGCGAGGUAGCCCGCCUCAUAAGCGAGACACUAGAGCAGGAGAAGAACCAGCAGCAACAGCAACACCUGGAUGACCCAUAUGAACAUUCAACAGAGGAGGAGGACCGGUAUGAGGAAGAGGAUGGAAUGGAUGAAAGGAUUCUGGGGUCCAAUUUCUCUCCAGGGCGAAAUGUAGAAGUGUUUGAGCUCCCUGAUUCAGAAGCCUUGUUUAUGCCGACCAACAUGAACAGCUCUCAGAUGGCCUUCAAGUUCAAAGAGCUCCAGCUCAAGCACAGCAUUGCCACAUCUGAAAUAAAUCAAUUAAAGGAAAAGCUAAGGGCAGCAGAUGAGGAUAAAUCAGCAUGGGAAGCCAAGGAGUCUGAACUGGAGCAAAAGAUUGAGGAAAAUAAUGACAAGAUCCUCAAGCUGGAGAGUUACUGGCUGGAAGCCCAAGCUCUGUGUAAGACUGUGAAUGAACAAUUAACUGAGACUCAGGCUCAGUAUGAGACGCUGGACAAGAAGUACAACAAGGCCAAGAAACUGCUCAAGGACUACCAGCAGAAAGAGAUAGACUUUGUGAAGAGAGAAGAGGAACUGAAAAAAACUCUAGAUGAAAAAGACAAGUGGUACAAAGAGCAGCUGGAGAGCUUGCAGAACAGAAUAGCUGUGCUGGAGUCCAGAGGAGCGUCAGUUGUGGAGACUCAGAUGGUUCAGCGCUCUGCUGCAGAGGAGAGACCAAGCAGCCAAGAUUCAGUCACAAACACACAGUCUGUUGACUCAAAUUUAGGUACUAAAAAAAAAGACUGGAGUGAACUGCCUCCUGAAACAGAGCGCCUGGACACCAGUGCACACAGAGCAAAGGGCCUGCUAGCUCAGAAGUCCAAACGUCAGCCUCCGUCUCGGAGCAAACUGAAGGAGAGCCUCACUGUGGCUUCAUCUUACUCUCAGGAAAGUGACGACGAGGACGAGCAGGAGGAGCUAGAAUCUUCCUGCAGGAGGAGGUCCAUCCAGGAGAGCCUGUCCCUCCCAGUGCCGGUCUUCUAUUCUGGGAAUGGACAGACAGAUCCAGGCGAGACUAGAGAUGGAUCCAGGAGUAAAGCAGAGCUUUCCAGCAGCCCAUCUUUGUCACCAUCACAGGGGGAGAGUGUUGAACGCAGUGAAAGUCCCUCUUUGUCCCCUCCAAAACACAGCUCCUCACCACAGUCUCCCUCUGGUAUUAUGCGCAGUGCAAAGAAGAGGGAGUCCAAAGGCAAGAGCAAAGAGCUCAAAGAGGAGUUAAACGAGCCUUCAGGUGGAGGAAAGCCUAAAAGAAGAUUUCCAGACUUUGGGGGUCUCAGGAAGUCAGGUGGCAAAGGAAAAAAACAUGACAAGGAGGCAAUGAGAGCAUCUUUGGACAGCAGGGGGUCAGCAGAGUUACUAGAGGAGUAUGGAGGGAACCUGUCCCCUGCAGAAUCAAUGACCUCCAUCCCCACCUGUAUGCCUUUCUCCUGGUUUGGAGACAAAGACCGGGACAGAGACAGAGAGCCCUCGUCUUCCAGCAGCAGCCUGCCAUACAUUGUCAAUGAGACCGGCAGUGAGCAAAGCCAGGAUCGCAAGAAUAAGACAAAUCUCUCCUGGUCUACUUUAUUCAGUCGCUCGUUAGAUUUGAGUUUUUCAGUCAUAGAUGAUUCUAACCCUGCCAGUCCCAGUUCAGACAUCUCUGGGUUAGUUGCUGAACCCAAUCUGUCUGGGCGCUCACACACUUUAAUCUUCUCUUCCAGCGAGACUCUGGAUGAUGAACCAGCAGCCACAGGAAAAGAGUAUCAGUGGCAGAACCGGCCAGUGUCUGAAUGGACCAAUCAGCAGGUCUGUCACUGGUUGAUGGGCAUGAAUAUGGACCAGUACACACCUGAAUUCACCACUAAAGGAGUGGACGGCCAGCAGCUCUUACACUUGGACAGCGACAAGUUAAAGGCACUUGGAGUGAUGAGUCAGAGUGACCGCUCAACCAUCAAGAAAAAGCUGAAGGAUAUGCGUAAGGCCCAGGAGAAGCUGGAGAAGCAGAGGGAGAAAAGAGAGAAGGAAGUUCGACGCAGUGCGAAACUGCCCGUCUCCACUGACUCCAUCUGUUGAGGUCUAAUUUCUGCACUCGCAGCUUAUGCACAUCAUAAAGUGCACAUGCACAACCCUGAGAAACUUUUUUUUUUUUUUUUG